AAUGCGAAAAAGUCGCCAUUCAUUUGCCGCACAAAGUAGAACACAACCAACGAAACUGUAGCAAGUUUCAGUCACAUUAUUAACUGUUAUUAUUGACAAAUCAACUCUUGCUAUAGAUUAUAUAGUAGAGAUAUUUUCUGGAGAGUCACAACUGUCGCAAGUGUAUUGAUAUUGUAUUAUCAUUAAUUUUCGUCCAAAAUCUUCAAAUUCAAAUGAUUUCGAAUCAGCUAAUUUUCACCUAGCUCCUUAUUUUGAUAUUUUGAUCACGAAUCGCAUCAAUUUAUCGCCAUCAAAAUGGAUGUGAUGUCCCGGAUUCGAGAACUCUUGGGGAAAAAAACACAGAAACGAAAGUCAUCGUUUGAACAAAUAGAUAAUUGCAAAAAAAUUCGGAUGUCAGAAUUAAAUGGUGAUGAUUAUGAAGGUGAUCUACAUAACAUUGGCAGUAGAAUUCAAUAUGACACACCGGCAUCGACAAGAAACCACAUGCGACGAUCAGAGUCGUUUGCACAAAAAAAUGCAAAAAUGGGCUUCUUAAACUCAGCAAUGUAUUCUAGAAGCCAGACAAAUGAUCGAAGUGCACCCAAUUUCAAUUACAAUUACGGCAAUAUGGAUGGCAAAUUCAAACAGCCAUUGGCACCGUUAACCAAUGGAUCGAAGAAACUUCCGGCUCUGCUGUCGGCUUCAAAUUGUUCGCUCAACUUCAAUAAGCCACAGCAAACCAUCAAUCCACAUUUCAGUAAAUAUGGAGAGUUGAGCGAACUCUCUAAUUUCAAAAGUGUUCCUGACUUGUAUCCCAUUAACCGAACAAACGCAAAUGCGUCGCAAUCCACGAGUGGUGGUCUACUUAAUGGACAUGAACAUUCGUCGAUGUUUCUAUCAUCAAAAUAUGGUAGCCAAUUAAAUCCCUCCAGUCAAUCUAUGCUGAACAAUUCGAAUUUUGGUUCGACUCACAGCAGUAUCCUUGGAAACAGCAAAUAUUUCAACAACAAUUCCAGCACCAAACCAUUAGGUUUGAAAGGAAGUUCUCUUUAUUCUAACAGCGGACAAAUGAUCCCACCAUCGAACUUAAGUCGAUCAAGAUAUAAAUCGUUAUUGGAGAUGAUUCCUGGUUUUAGCUAUCUGAAAAAAUUAAUUCCUCUAGUAAUCCCUUUUCUAUUUUCUUCAGCUAAAAAUAAUGCAGUUAAUGAUUCAAGUGCACAAGGAAUCAUUGACUUAUCUGAUGAGCAAGAUGUGCGAGAAAACAAAACAACCAACUCAUCUUCAUCACUUCCAAAUGUGGAUCGUGUAAAUUCAUUGAAAACGCGAUUGGAAACGAAGGAAGUGUUUGGAGAAAAGUGGGAAACAGCACUGAACGAAAAAUACUCAUCCAAACAAUUAAGUCGGCGAGAUUCUCUACAACAAGUACAAGAAGAAAACGAAGAAUGUGAACGAAAGACUCGCGAAACUGAAGAAAGGCUGAAGGAAUCUUUCAAGAAAAUUACAAUCUCAUCGAUCAUUUAUGACGAAGAAGAGGAAGAAGAACCAGUCAAUGAUUAUCCACCUUUAGAUGACGAGAAAGUGCGAAGAGUCCAUCAAUUGAUCAGUGGAAGAGACAGUGGAACCGUGUUGAUAUCCAAGUUUAAUUUGUCGGUGACGCGCCAUGAUAUACAAACUUUGCAGUGGAAUCCACUGACUUGGCUUAACGAUGAGGUGAUUAAUUUUUACAUGGAAUUACUGGCUGAACGUAGCCGAAAUAACGACAAAUUGCCAAAGGUUCACGGAAUGAACACAUUCUUCUUGAAACGUUUGCUUGAGAAUGGAUACUCGGGCGUUCGGCGAUGGACCCGAAAAGUUGACAUUUUUGCUCAUGACGUAAUUCCAGUUCCAGUUCACAAGGGCAUUCACUGGUGUAUGGCUAUUAUUCAUUUGAAAAAUAAGACUAUCAAGUACUAUGAUUCAAUGGGAGCGCCAAACAAUCAAGUGUUGUCCGCAUUAUUUGAAUAUUUGAAAGCUGAGAGUCUGGACAAAAAGAAAGUCGAUUUGGAUAUGACCGGGUGGAAAACUGAAAAUGUACGAAAUAUUCCGCAACAGGAAAAUGGUAGCGAUUGUGGCGUAUUUAGCUGUAUGUACGCGGAAUUUGUAACACGAAAUCGGCCCAUUGUCUUCACUCAGCAACACAUGCAAUACUUCAGAAUGAAAAUGGUGCAUGAAAUUUGCGCUGGCCAAAUGUUGAAUUAGCAACUCCCAUCAAUUGACACUAAUUCCAUUCGAUUUAUUCCUAUGUAAUGUAAAAGUUUUGUUAAAACUACAACUGUUUCGAAAUCAAAUAUUCAAACGAAAAACGGUGUAGUCCGAUGAUAAAAUAGAUGUGUUAACGUCUGCAAUUUAAAUGAAAAGAGAACUAAAAAAUAAAUUUACGUUAAAUCAUGUGAAUAAAUACCAUUUUUUUAGAAAACAAA